AGUUCCUUCCAGCUGAAGACAAUUUUGGUGUCUGUGGCCCCUGCUAGAUUGUGAAUUCCUGGAGGGCAGGUCUAAGGAGACAGAACCAGACUGGAAUGAGGGUGCCGGCAAAAGACUGGAGAGGCACCAGAAACUCCUGCAGAGGAGACGAUGGACUGGCCCUACCGAAGUGGCAGCCAAGUUUGGGAAAUGGGCCAUCUGAGCCAGGUGGGCUGCCGUAGCUGAGGAUGGGGUGGAGGCCCCCGGGCUGGCUCUUAGCCUUGCCCACGGCAGUCGUCUAUGGCUCUCUGUCCCUCUUUGUGUCUAUCCUGCACAAUGUGUUCCUGCUGUACUAUGUGGACACCUUCGUCUCUGUGUACAAGAUCGAUAAGCUGUCCUUUUGGAUUGGAGAAACAGCAUUCCUCAUAUGGAACAGUCUCAACGAUCCUCUCUUCGGCUGGCUCAGUGACCGGGUGUUUCUCAGCACGCAAGAGAUUGGAGCAGAGAUCUCCCCACCUGAUGUGAUCUUGAAGCGCCUGAAGGCCUUGAGCUGGAAUGGCCCCCUCUUUGCCCUCUCCUUCCUGGCCUUCUGGGUGCCCUGGGCCCGCCCGGGUUUGCAGUUCCUGGUCUGCCUGUGCUUGUACGACAGCUUCCUCACCAUGGUGGACCUGCACCAUAACGCUCUGUUGGCCGACCUGGCCGUGUCAGCUCGGGACAGGACCCGCCUCAACUUCUACUGCUCCUUCUUCAGCGCCUUGGGCUCCCUGUCCGUCUUCCUGUCCUACGCCGUCUGGAACAAAGAGGACUUCUUCUCAUUCCGGGUCUUCUGCGUGGCACUGGCCAGCUUGUCAGUGGUGGGGUUCACAGUGGCCAUGUGGCUGCUGAGGCAGCGGUUUGCAGCUGAUGGGAACAUCAGAGGGACCCGAGACUCCUCCUUGGAAGAGCUAUAUGUGGAGAAGCCCCCUGUUGCGGGGGAGAGAAGGACCACCCUGGCCGAAUACCUCCGGCAGCUGUCCAGGCAUCGCAACUUCCUCUGGUUCGUCUGCAUGAACCUUGUGCAGGUGUUCCACUGUCACUUCAACAGCAACUUCUUCCCUCUCUUCCUGGAACACCUGUUGUCGGAUCGGAUCUCCCUGUCCGCGGGCUCCUUCCUGUUGGGGGUCUCCUAUAUCGCCCCGCAUCUCAACAACCUCUACUUCCUGUCCCUGUGUCGGAAGUGGGGGGUCUAUGCGGUGGUGCGUGGGCUCUUCUUCUUGAAACUGGGGCUCAGCGUGCUGAUGUUCCUCGCGGGGCCUGACCAGAUCCAUCUCCUCUGCCUCUUCAUUGCCAGUAACCGGGUGUUCACCGAGGGGACCUGUAAGCUACUGAACCUGGUGGUGACCGACCUCGUGGACGAGGACCUCGUGGUGAAUCGCCGGCAGCAGGCAGCCUCCGCCCUCCUGUUUGGGAUGGUGGCACUGGUCACCAAGCCGGGCCAGACAUUCGCCCCGCUCGUCGGCACCUGGCUGCUCUGUUUCUACACUGGUUAUGAUCUCUUCCAGCGGGACCCCCUGAGCCCUGCAGUGAGCGCCCGCCCAUGGCUAGAGCCCCCCGGCCCCCAUGUCACCUGGGCCCCCUCGCUGCGGCAGGGCUGCUUCUACCUUCUGGUGUUGGUACCCAUCGGCUGUGCCCUGCUGCAGCUCCUCGCGUGGUCCCGCUUCACCCUGCACGGAAAACGCCUGCAGGUGGUCAAGGCCCAGCGCCAGAGUCUGGUUGCAACUGCAUCCCAGGUGCAUACUGCCUCAACUUUCUGCUCUGCCGGCCAGCGGGCCCAGGGCUGCUGGUGAGCAUCUGGGUCGGGCCUCAUUUCCUACUGAGUAAUUAAAAUCAUGACAUUCUAA